AUGGAAUCCCCUUUUUAUGAUCCUAAUAUCUUCUUAAGAGAAUUUAGACGAAUAGGGCCAUAUAUCUAUGACGUUCUAGAUGACUUUAUCAUAAAACUCGAUGCAACGAAGUGCUCCCUGUAUAAGCCUGUCGACGACAAAUUAUAG